AUGAAUAAAAUUACGAUUCUAAUUUUACUAACAAUUUCAUUAGUAAAUACUCAAUAAGAGGACUAAUUGCCUGUGAACACUUAUUUGGAUGACGAAAUUGACAUUGAUGAAAUACUUCCUAAGGACUACUUUGAAACUUUUGAAGAAAAAUAUGGACACAGAAAACUAUAGAAUUUAGAACCUUAGCCUAUUAGAAUUACACUAGAUUUCGAAGAACUUGAUAAUCCUUAGAAUGGAGAUGGAGUAACGCCAAAUAUAAAAGAAUACAUAUAAAAAAUUAUGUAUGCUGCUCAAACAUAUUUGAAUAAACUCAUUAAAGUAUAUCCUAGAUAAAAGCCUAACAAACAUGCUUGGAAUAGUGAUAAAUGCUACGAUGUUAAAUUGAAUAACUAAAUAAAAACAGUUGGUAUUGAUAACUCUGACUUGCAUAUCAUCGUCACCUACUAAAAUUAAAAAAAUAUCACUUAAUUAGCUAAUGCAAUUUGGUGCUCAUUAGAUCCAUAGCCUAAUAUUGGAAGAGUCAAGUUCAAUAUUGGUACAAUGGACAUUAAUGAAUCCUCUACUUAAUCUUUCUAGAAUAACUUCUCUACGGCUUUGCAUGAAAUUCUCCAUAUUUUAGGUUUCUCAUAAGGUGGGUUCCAUUGCUGGAUUGAUCCUGACACAGGCAGCCCUUAUGGAUGGUAAAACAAAUUCAAGAUGCACAAAAUAGAAAGAAGAUGGUAAACAGAUAAUGUAACUAAGAUAUUUACCAAAAAUUUAUUGAAAACUGCUAGAAACUAUUAUAACUGUCCUUCUAUUGAUGGUAUGUAUCUUGAAAACUAAGGUGGAUCUGGUUCUAAGGGUUCUCACUGGGAAAGAGAUUUAGUUAAUAAUGAAUUUAUGACAGCUAGUAUUGUUUAUAAUACAUAUACUAUUUCAGAAUUCACUGCUGCGCUACUUUUAGAUACAGGUUUUUAUGCUGAAAUCAAUACUAAUCUACUCAUGCCUAUUUAUUGGGGUAAGAAUAAAGGAUGUGAUUUUUUCAAUAACUCCUGCAAUACUGGAAAAUAUUUCCCUGAAUUCCCAGAUGAUAGUGAAAAGGAAUCGUGCGAUUUCUUUUCUUAAGGUAUCGGUUAGCUCUAAAAUUAUGAUUACUUCUCUUAGUGCAAAACAAUCUCUUCCUAUUCAAACUCUCGCUGCUAAUCAGAUUCAUUUAAACCUAAUGAAAAAUUGAGAUAAAAUACAGGGGAAGGAUCAAGAUGCUUUAGAUCAAAUGCAAACAUCAAAGGACUUGACGUUUUAGAUAUGAAUGGUAGAUGCUUUAAGGCUUAAUGUGCAGAUGAUUUAUCCUCGAUUAAAGUUAAUAUUUGGGGAGAUGAGUAUGUUACUUGCUAAUAUCCAAAUUAAGUCAUUAAUUUAGCAGAUUAAACUAAAACUACAUAAGGUACUAUGAGAUGUCCACAUGAUUUUGAUUUAUUUUGCAAUUUCCCUAAAUCGUGUCCUAAUAAUUGCUCUAAUAACGGUGUCUGUAAUAAUGGCUACUGCAUGUGUCUCAAAGGAUAUGCUGGUAUUGAUUGCUCUAAAAGAUGUGGUGAAGGCUAAGUUUGGGAUGGUGCUCGCUGUGUAUAUAAUUGCCCUUCUGGAUAAUUCAAAAACUUUGACAAUACUUGCAAAUCGACUUGUCCUUACAAAUAAUAUGGAGAUAAAUCCACUGGUAAUUGCACUCUAUGUUCAUCUAACUGCUCUUCCUGCUAUGGCCCUUCUCCUAAUGAAUGUCUUUCUUGCAAGGAAGGAUAUUCUCUUUAAAGAAACUAAUGCGUUGAUCUUACUUGCCACCCUAGUUGCCAAUAAUGCUCUGGUCCUUAUUCAAAUCAGUGCACUUCUUGCUCUGCUGGUUAUUAUUUGGACUCUAGAAAAACUUGCUAACCAUGUUAACAUCCUUGUGAAAAUUGUUAUAACUCAGCUUCAGAGUGCACUUCUUGUGGAGAAGGAUACGAAAUGGAUAAGUUUAGCGGAAAAUGUGUUUCAAUUUAUACAUGUGAUAGCUCUUGUCUUGAGUGCUCAGCUUAUAGAGACCCAACAAAAUGUACAUCUUGUAGGGAUGGCUUUUUCCUCAAUGACUAUGGUAGAUGCUAAAAAUGUGAUGAAUCUUGCGCUACAUGCUCUGAAAGAGAGAAUAAAUGUAUAAAAUGUAGUGAUGGGUGGGAAUACGAUGCAUAUUAUUAAAGAUGUAUUAUGAAUUGCCAUAAAAGUUGUGAUACAUGUACAGUUCGUGAUGAUCCUACAGCUUGCAAAAGGUGUGCUUUCAAUUACAUAAUGUAAAAUAAACUAUGUGUUAAAUGUGAUAAAAGUUGCUAUGGAUGCAAAGAUGACCCUAAAAAAUGUCAUUAUUGUGCUGAUGGAUACAAAUUUGACUCAAAUAAUUAAACUUGCAUUCCAAAGUGCAGGACUGAUGAAUUUGAAGAUAGAACUGGUAACUGCUAAAAGUGCAAGUCUCCUUGCGCUACUUGCAAAUAUUAUUAAGAACACUGUACUAGUUGCUUAGCUGGUUAUACAUACAAUCCUUAGUAUAAAUCUUGUUAGGUUACAAGAAACGCUUGUCAUGAAAGUUGUGCUUAAUGUAAUAGAUAUGAUGAUCCUAAUUCUUGCACACUAUGUAGUAAAGGAAAGUAUCUGUAGUCUGGAAGAUGUUUAUCCUGUAGUGAUAAAUGCUAAUCUUGUGAAGGAGAUGCUAACGUUUGCACUUCUUGUAAAAAGAAUGAGUUCCUGUAAAAUAACGAAUGCAUCAAAUGCCAUAGCUCUUGUCUGACCUGCUCUGGAAUUUCAACAAAUUGCACUUCUUGUGAAACUGGUUUCUCAAAAGAUCCUAUGACCGGUGUUUGUGUUGACAGCACACCUGUUUGUAAAAGUGACGAAUACUUGGACAGAUAUAAUAAAUGUUAAAAAUGCUACUCACCAUGUUCAUCUUGUUUCUUCUAUCCUAACAGAUGUACAAGUUGUAUUUCUGGCUACAAAUUCAACUCUUAAACAUUUUCUUGCGAAUACGAUUAUCCUACAUGUAAAGAUGGGUAAUACUUAGAUGCUAAUAAUAAUUGCUAGCUUUGUGAUUCAUCAUGUGCUACUUGCAUUUAAACAUCCACAAGAUGUAACAGUUGUAAAUCUGGCUUUGUUCUUUCAAGAUAUACUUGCUUACCCUCUAGCUGUUAAGAUGGAUUUUUCAUGAAUUAAUAAGGGAGAUGCUUAUAAUGUAGUGAAUCUUGCACUAAAUGUGUAAACAAUUAAGAUAAUUGUAUUGAAUGUGCCAGAGGAUACACUCUAGAUAAAGCAACUUAAAAAUGUAUAAGAAGAUAAAAGAAAUAACAAUGUCAUCCUUCAUGUAAGAAUUGUAGCUCACCUAAUAAUGAUUCUGCCUGCUUAUCAUGCAAAGAUGGUCAUUAUUUAAAUAACAGAAGUUAAUGUCUUCAAUGUGAUAAUUCUUGUUUAACGUGUGACAGGUAUUCAGAUUAUUGUACUUCAUGCUAAUAAGGUUUUAGUUUAGACAAAAUUUAAGGUAAAUGUAUUCCUACAUGUAGAGCAGAUUAGUUUUUAGAUGUUUAUGAUAACUAAUGCAAAUCAUGUGAACACCCUUGCUAAAGUUGCUAAUAUUAUGCUAAUAGUUGUCUUAGCUGUAUAUCUGGAUAUGAGUAUGAUAAUUAAAGAUAGAGCUGCUCAAUUUCUUGCUAACCUGGAUAGUAUGUUGAUCGUGAUGAAAAGUGUUAACCCUGCUCUUCUCCAUGUGCAACUUGCGAAUACUAUGAUAAUAGGUGUUUGAGCUGUGUCUCUGGUUAUACUUAUAACAAUUUCUAUUGUUAAAAGAGCUCUAAUAAUAACUCCAGAGGCUGCCACCAAUCCUGCAAUACAUGUACAAGAGCUAUGGAUCCUCGUUCAUGUGAUUCUUGUAGAGAAGGAUAUAAGUUGGUGAAUGGAUCCUGUUUAAAAAAGAGAGGAAACUACUCUGGACCUAAUAAUUGA